UACUAAAUUCAGAGAACAGUGUUUCUCUGUGUGUGCGCGUGAAAGAGAGAGAGAGGGAGAGAGAAGAAUCAGAUUAGCCCCUUUGAAUUUUCAAUUUCAAUUUCAAUUUCAAUCAGAAUCACAAUACUAAAAAAUCUAGGGUUCUUUUUUCCUUCUUCCUCAGGGAUCUGAGGAUAUGCAACCCAAGUCCGAAACUGCAAAUCAACCGAGGUCAGGUCCUCAUUCCUUUCAGCCCGGUGGUGUUUACUCCGAACCUUGGUGGCGUGGUGUUGGAUACAAUCCUGUAGCGCAAACAAUGUCUGGUGCCAAUUCAUCCUCUCUUGAUUGUCCCAAUGGUGAUUCAGAAUCCAAUGAGGAAGGCCAGUCUUUGUCCAAUAGUGAGAGGAAUGAGGAAGAUGAUGAUGCUGCUAAGGAUUCACAGCCUGCUGCUCCCAAUCAAUCAGGAAAUUACGGACAAGAACAAGGAAUGCAGAAUACUGCAUCAUCUGCAGUUAUUCGCGAAGAAUGCCUCACACAGACUCCUCAGCUGGAACUUGUUGGUCAUUCAAUUGCAUGUGCUACAAAUCCUUAUCAGGAUCCAUAUUAUGGUGGCAUGAUGGCAGCUUAUCCUCACCAGCCGUUGGGAUAUCCUCCUUUUAUAGGAGUGCCUCAUGCCAGAAUGCCUUUGCCCCUUGAGAUGGCUCAAGAACCUGUUUAUGUGAAUGCCAAACAAUACCAAGGAAUUCUGAGGCGAAGACAAGCUCGUGCUAAAGCAGAGCUUGAAAGGAAGCUCAUAAAAUCUAGAAAGCCAUAUCUUCAUGAAUCUAGACAUCAGCAUGCUUUGAGAAGGGCAAGAGGCACCGGAGGACGAUUUGCAAAGAAAACUGAUGGUGAGGCCUCGGGAAAGGAUAAUGGCUCUGGUCCAGUCUUGUCGUCGCAAUCAAUUAGUUCAUCUGGUUCAGAACUUUUGCCUUCAGACUCUGCGGAAACCUGGAAUUCUCCCAACAUGCGACAAGAUGCAAGAGGAUCAAAUGAAAAUGGUGGUAGCUCCUACCAUAAUAACAACAAUGGUAUGCAAUCUUCAAGGUAUCAGGGUGAAAGAGUGGAAGAAGGGGACUGUUCAGGGCAGCUACGUGUAAGCAUCUCCUCGAACGAGGCAUCGCAGAGGCGUCUUGCUAUUCAGUAGACCCCCCUUCCUGCAUGGGAGGGAUAGAUGCUGAGGUUGGUUUUGUAUAUCCUAGUGAUAUAUUUGGUGAAUGAGUACCUUACCUUGGUUAUCUUCUUGGCAAUAUAUAUGCCGGCAAAUCAUUCUUGGCUUUUGUUCUUGUGUUUAUGGUGUGAAUGAUAUAAUAUGGGGGGGAGAAGAAUGGUGAUUGGGGUAUAUGAUUUCUGUUGAAGUCUCAAGCAAUCAAUCAAUCCUUCAAUCUUAUCUCAUUUUUGCAUUUUGUACAGAGUUUUAGUGGUAGUCAACUUCAGCUGAUAUGGAUGGUCAGGUCAGAAGACUGAAGAAAACAAACUCUUUUAUGUAGUACCAAAACUCUCUUGUUUCAUGGGUUUGUUCUGUAAACUUACCUGGUUGGUUGUUAAUGUUAACAUGAGACAUCAUUAUAAUAGAAUCAAACAUGCAUCUAGUUCUGGUCGCAUUUUCUAUUUA